AAUACCAUAAUAAUAUAAAUCAUUACCCCAGUAUGCUUGGUUUCGGCAUUAGAAUUUUCAUAUAUCUGUCAUACCAUGUUUGAGCAAAACAUAAUGAACAACAGCAGCGCAGUGGAAUUGGUUCAAUCUGUAGUUUCUAAUAUGCUGCGAAAACUUGCAGAAACUUCAUCCUGCUUAGGGGCCAUCCUGUUUGAAUAUUGGCUAGAGUCUAAUUUCCUCCAUCUAGUGCUCAAGCACCUCAUUGCGGUGGAAAGUGCAGAUGAGGAGCGAAAACUCCUGCUCCUGUGAUCUUCAGAGGCUUCAGUAUUCAGUAACUUUAUUGAUCAAUGCAGAUCGUUUCGAUUUGUGUCUUGGUCGUUUUCUAAGAGGAAUUAAAGAGGAAAUGCUGAAAUGAUUUUAUUUUAUUAAACCUUUUCCUGCCUGCACGAAUGGCGAGCUUGAUUUAGAAAAGGUCAAGUGUUCCCUGUUUUUGAAAGCAACCCAUUGUUGCUAAUUGUUCUGAAUUGCCGUGCAGAUUUUAUGCCAACUAAAACAGUUUUUAUUUGAAUUUGUUUCUGCACAGCGUUGGAAGUUAACCUUCAAACUUGGCGCUCUCCCUCCCCCAUCUCGAUCAGGCGAUCCCAAUGCGCAGAGCCCUCCGCCCCCGCCCCAUCCAGCGCCGCCCGCCGGCCGCCGAAACCCCGCCGCCCGUUUCUCCCCCAUGGUACGCCGCGCCGCGGUCGACGCUCCCGCCCCCGCCCCCGCCCGCAUCCGAGGACGAUCCCCUCCUCGUCGCCGCGUCCGAAGUCGCGCUCGCCCUCCCGGUCCACCCCGCGCCGCUCCCGGCUGCCGCGCCCGCGCCGCUCCUCCGCCUCCUCCCGGCGUUCACCUCCGCGCACUUCCUCUCCCUCCUCCACCGCAACCCGCUCUCCGUCCCGCCGCUCCCGCUUCUCUCCCUUUUCCGCGUCCUCCUCGCCUCCCCUCCGGGCCUCUUCCGCCACACCCCGGCCUCCUUCAUCUCCAUGUCCCACCACCUCCACAGCCACAGGCUCCCCCACCUUGCACUCCCCCUCCUCCGUCUGCUGGCGUCCCGCCUCGGCCACGACUCCCCGCAGCGGCUCCUCACGCAGCUUCUCUCCGCGGUCUCCCCCGAUGACCCGGCCCCUCUCGUGUGGGAGCUCGCCAGAGCAUAUGCCGAUGAGGGCCUCCUGCCUGACGCCUGCUCCCUCGUCCUCCUCGCGCUCCGCAGCGGCGUCCACGUCCCAGCCCACGCCUGGUCUGGCAUCAUGAGCCGGCUUCCCACUGCUCCCGAAGCCUACGCCUUCUACCUGCAGCUGCUCGACGCGGGCGUUCCCCCAGAGGCCAAGCUCUUCAACGUGUUAAUGCGUGAUAUGAUUAGAUCGGGCGAGCUUGCCAGCGCGCUGAAUGUGUUCGAUGAAAUGCUGAGAAGAGGUGUGCGGCCGACGGUAGUGAGCUUCAACACAUUGAUAUCGGGAAUAUGCAAGGCGGCCGAUCUGGAUGGCGCAAAUGCUCUGCGAGGGCUAAUGGUGAAGGCAGGUGUCGCGCCAGAUGUGUACACCUACGGUGCUUUGAUGCAGGGGUUGUGCAGGGCGGGAAGGAUACCAGAUGCCGUGGAGAUGUUUGAGGAAAUGUGUGAGAGAGGUGUGAACCCCAACACUGUAGUGUUCACGACAUUGAUAGAUGCACAUUGUAAGGAGGGGAAUGUAGGAGCUGGGUUCGACUUGUACCAGGAGAUGGCAGAAAGGGGUGUACAGACGGAUUUGGUGGUAUACAACGCAUUGGUGAAUGGCCUUUGUCGAGCACGAGAUUUGAAGGCUGCCAAUGACAUUGUGGAGGAGAUGAGGAACACUGGUAUCAAGCCGGAUAAGGUGACUUACACCACCCUCAUCGAUGGCUGCUGCAAGGAGGGGGAGUUGGACAUGGCUGUGGAGAUGAAACGGGAGAUGUCGGAUGAAGGGGUUGCAUUGGACGAGGUCACUUACACUGCGCUCAUCUCAGGACUGAGCAAGGCAGGGCGUGCAGUUGAAGCAGAAAGGGUUCUACGCGAAAUGAUGGAGGUUGGUUUGGAACCUGACAACAUUACUUACACAAUGGUGAUUGAUGCCUUCUGUAAGAAUGGUGAUGUGAAGACAGGCUUUAAGCUGCUGAAAGAGAUGCAAAAUAAGGGUCGAAAACCAGGAGUUGUGACAUAUAAUGUGGUUAUGAAUGGGCUCUGCAGGCUUGGCCAGAUGAAGAAUGCGGACAUGCUUCUGAAUGCGAUGCUCAAUAUUGGGGUGCCCCCAGAUGAUAUAACAUACAACAUUCUUUUGGAUGGACAUUGCAAGUAUGGAAAAAUUAGAGAUGCUGAAGAACUGAAGAGUGCAAAAGGAAUGGUUUCAGAUUUUGGGGCUUAUACUUCACUAAUCAAUGAAGUUCUCAAGAAGAAGCCAACUAAGAGUUACCAUGGUAAUAGAUAGUUUUGCUGGGUAGAUGCAGUUAUUUUGCACUUCACUACCUGUUACAACCUUAGAUGUUGAAGAUUGAAAAUGCAAUAUGAAUAUAAUUGGCAUGCUCAGACUGAUGAAUAAUGUGAAUGUACCUUGUUGAGCACAGAGACCCCGGCUUUGAAGAUUGCUGUCAGGGUGGGGAAAACAGAGGUUCUGGCAAAUCAAGGACUAAAUAUUGUUUCACGAUUCUCUGUUCAGUCAAUGCAUCUUGAUGGCAUGUUUGCCAGGAUCCGAUAUGUCUUUGCAACUGAUGUGCCUGGUGCAUGGCUGUGGUUGUGCCUGUUGGGUCCAAACUACUUUCACUUUGCAGUCAUGCUACAUUGCAACAUAGCAGAUUUGCAUCAGUUUCAAAUGUCAAAAUCACAAUUCACAGCCAAUUCUUGCAGCUUGGGCAGAUAGGGGAUUAUUGCAAGAGCUGAACUUGUGAUAUCAUCAUCCAUCUUGGUUUCAUGGCUCAUAUAAGCAUCUGUGGUAAUUUCAAUUUGCUUGUCAUCACGAUUGAAUAUGCAGUGAAGUGUCAUGUUCAGUCUUUAUUUGACUGAAGUUACGCACAGAGCCUACUGAGACUUUGGUUACCAAAUACUUGAGGCCUCCAACAACUAUCUAGCUUGAACAGCCUUUGCCAUCCCAUAUGCUGCGGCUGAAGCAAGCGCUCCAAUAAUAGCAGUCUGGACAGCGCUGGUGAAUGGGCGGUUCCCAGUAAAGUGACCCUUGAUGUAGCCAAAGAAAAGCAGCGCCACCAGUGUGACUCCAACAGAUGUAAGCAUAGCAUUUUGAGCCGUGGAGAUGAACAUGUAGGGCAGGAGAGGGACCAAUCCACCGAUCACAUAAGAUAGUGCGAUUGUACAGGCACUCUGCAGUGCCCUUUUUGGAUCUGAUUUCUCCAAUCCCAGCUCAAACCUGAACACAUUGCUCUGCUUUAUAAACUACCGCAAAGCCAUUCAGCUUAUGUCAAAGUAUUCCAAGUUAAUCUCAUCAGUCAUCAGGAUUCAUGGGCAUUUGCUUCCAAGUACAAAAAAUGAGUUUGCGGGUCUAUUGAAAAGGUGGAAUCAGUGAUCAUACCUCAUCAUGAAGUCUAGCCAAGCUUGAGGGUUCCUCCUGAGCCCAUCUACGACAGGGCCAUACUCGUGUGGCUCAAGCCCAUACUGCGACAUGAUCUCUCCAAUUUCAGCAGCCUCUAGAUGAUCAAUCAAGGAUUCAAAACCAACGGUCAGGAUGCCGGUCAUAUACACACAGGAUGACAGGGAUCUGUCAACAAUGUUUCAUGAACGGUUGUUCAUGAGACAUCCAUAUACCGGUGUCAGGGACUGCGAUGAUCUCCUCCUGCUCCCUCUUCAUCUCACGCUUGUAAUGAUCUGCCUCGCUCUGAGCCGCAAGGUACCUACCACAUGGCGCGGGCGCGGAUCAGAAAUUCAGAAUCAUGCCUUAGUGGCACCUUUUUGAAUUGAAAACAGCGUGAUGUUUAUCUUGUCCUCAGAAAGAAAUGAUUAAAUUAUUGUUCUUCAGUUUGCUGGGCCUAAAAGUUGUGACAACACAAAGCGUGCUCACGCCGAAGAGGGGCCACACACUUGUCGAUCACGAGCUAGCUUUUCUCCUAA